AAUAUUUCUUUUUUUUUUCUUCGCCCUUUGCAUUCAAAGAACGGAUUAAAAAAAUGAUUCAACCUCAGACCCAUUUAAAUGUAGCGGAUAAUAGCGGGGCUCGAGAAUUGAUGUGUAUUCGAAUCAUAGGAGCUAGCAAUCGUCGAUAUGCUCAUAUUGGUGACGUUAUUGUUGCUGUGAUCAAAGAAGCAGUACCAAAUAUGCCCCUAGAAAGAUCAGAAGUAGUCAGAGCUGUAAUUGUGCGUACCUGUAAAGAACUCAAACGUGACAACGGGAUGAUAAUCCGAUAUGAUGACAAUGCUGCAGUUGUUAUUGAUCAAGAAGGAAAUCCAAAGGGAACUCGAAUUUUUGGUGCAAUCGCCCGGGAAUUGAGAGAAUUAAAUUUUACUAAAAUAGUUUCAUUAGCUCCCGAGGUAUUAUAAAAUGAAAUUGUGAUCUGUUUCGAGUGGGGUAUUUGAAAGAAAUAGAUUAAUUAGUAGAUUGUGUCUCACGCAUAUAUCUUUUAUAAUUCAUAUCAUAUUCAAAAAUAAAUAAGUAAAAAACACGUUGAUUAUAUCAAAUUUGGAGACCCCAAUAAUUUUAGUUCAUCAUGGGCAGGGACACUAUUGCUGAGAUAAUAACUUCUAUACGAAAUGCUGAUAUGGAUCGAAAAGGGGUGGUUCGAAUAGCAUCUACUAAUAUUACCGAAAAUAUUGUUCAAAUACUUUUACAAGAGGGUUUUAUCGAAAACGUGAGAAAACAUCGAGAAAACAACAAAUAUUUUUUGGUUUUAACCCUGCGACAUAGAAGG